AGUAGCUAAAUCUAGUCUGACUCCAUCAACAGCAACACCCCCGAAACAGUUGACGCUUCCAACAACUGCAAGUGGAUCGUCGUCAUCGUUGGCGUGGUCGUCGUCACCUCGAAGGUCCAACAUAAUGCCGGGGAGGAGUCCUCCGGGAAAACGGGUUGGGAAACCGCCCAACAUUCUCAUACUUUGCGACGACUCUGAGAAACGGGAAGAGAUUGGGAAAAUACUCAAGGGGAUGCUGCCCAAUGACAGGUACGCCAUUUAUGACAUUCGCUGGGACCAGCUCGCUGUGGGAGGUUGGUCUGAGCAAACGGCUCUCCUCGUCCUCUCGGGUCACAUUCCUCUCGACAUUGAUUCUCCCUCUCCGUCGGGAACGUCACUCCUCCUCCAGUUCCUGGGGGAUGGAGGUCGUCUCUUGGCGUGGGCCUGUGAUUCUGCCCCCUUCGGCCCAAAUAACUCUGUUGGGACCACAAACUCCAGUACAAAUAAUAACAAGCACAUCUUGGAGUACGGGGUAGGGCCCAGCUCCUCCACGAAAGUGACGCCACGACCCCUGCCACUCACAAGGUCACUCUGGCCCCACAAUUUCCCCAAGAUUGUGGAGACAUCGGACUCUGAAGGAUACUCACGCCCACUGACUGCCUCCGUCUAUGCCAAACUGAGGGAUGCGAGCGGUGUAGGGGCUGUCCUCAAUUUGGACGGGGGUGCAUUGGGAGGAAAAGCCGUGUUGUCUCAGAUUGAAUUUGAGAAAUGUUCGGACGAGGAAGGUGCCCUCAGCCUCUUAUCAACAUUGCUGAAUAAUUUAGGCCUCGAUUGUUCCCGAUCCAAGGACCCCGAGUACACUUUUGGCUAUCUGCUUGGUGAUCACAAGAAAGUUCAAGACUUCCUUUCUGCCGUUCCUCCCACUCUGAAGCAAUCCGAACUGACGCUGGAAUUCACUCCUCGUGGAGGAAAAGGAUCCCAGCCGAGUCACACGCUCUUUCCAAUCCAUACUUUGGAAUGUCCAACAAACUUUUCUACACUGGAUUAUUACGAGAAUUUGGAAACCAAGGACCUCGGUCGUCUCAUAGUUUAUACUGACACGCUCACCUCAACGACUCACGUUUUUGGUGGCCCAUCAAUUCAGCAUGGACUUGUCGUCAUUGCGAGAAGGCAGACGCGUGGAAGAGGUCGUGGUCAGAACGUGUGGCUAAGUCCGGAGGGGUGUGCCAUGUUCUCACUCCAGCUGGUCAUCAGUAUGGAUUCAGCUCUAGGACGCAGGCUAUCCCUGGCUCAGCAUCUCGCCGCCUUGUCCGUCAUCCUGGCCGUGCCCAACCAUAAAGAGAUCGAUCUUCGUGUCAAAUGGCCAAAUGAUAUUUAUAUAGGUGAGCAAAAAGUUGGGGGAGUCCUCGUCGAUUCGAGACUGGAGGGGAAACGGGCCGUGGUCAACAUGGGGAUUGGAGUGAAUGUGAGCAACGCCUAUCCAACCGUGUGCCUCAAUUCGGCCCUCUUUCCUGACUUCCGGCCUGUGAAUAGUGGUGACGUCACGAAAUCAAAGAGUACAAAGGAGACAGUCAAGAAGAAUAAGGCGCACUGGACGACGGAGAAACUCGUGGCACGAACUCUCACGGAAAUUGAAAAACUUAUCGAAUCUCUGGAAAAACACGAGGGGCUGGAGGACUUUCUUCAACUCUACGAAGACAACUGGAUCCACCACUCCUCCCAAAAUACGCUGCCUCCAGAAGAGAAUGACGUGGAGACGGAUUUGUCUCUCGUGUCGGUUGAAAUCUCUCCAGGAGCUUUCACUCUUUGUCGGAUUGCUGGGAUUGAUGAGUACGGAUUCCUCCGCGUGAUUGACUCCAACUCCGGAAGCAUGUUUUCUGUUCGACCGGAUGGAAAUUCCUUUGAUAUUGCAAAUCGACUCAUAGCACUCAAGCCAGACUAACACUCCACCACCACCUUCUUUUUCUAUACAUGAUAACGCUAUACAAUAAUUUCUACGCAUGAAGGAAGAUGUGAUACUGAUGAAACUUUGAUGACGGUGCUGCACGAAUUUUCGAUUUCCAAAAAAAAUACAAAAUGUAGUUUUUCAUUAGCUGAGUAGACGACUGUGAGCAACCAACACUGCUUUAAAUCAUGAACAAGGUGCACAAAAACAAAACAUUAGUCUGAUCAUGUAUGUAGUUGAAGAUUGGAAAUGUUUAUAGUAUUUGUUAUAAAAUGUUUACAUACGUUAUAAAUAUUCACAUUGAUUGCUUAUCUAA